AUGGAGGCAGAUCCAAAUAGCCUUUUAAAGCUUGAUGUUAGCUCCAAUUAUCUGAUUUUUUAUCGGGUUAAGCGAAGGAAGAAAUAUGAUGAAAUUCCUUUUGGCGUUCUAAGGUUUCGUGGGGCUUGGAGUGCCUCUAUUUAUCCCCUAUAUCUAUUUGAUGUAAUUUCCCUGAUAAUAGAGUCCAAGGAGACACACAACAAGAUUCAAACGGAGGCAAGAAUCUGCGACUUUUUUGAGACCAAAUUACCGCCAUAUCUCCAUUAUCCUCUUGUUAUGACUUUCACUGGAAUGGGUCUGGCAGAGUUUAUUCAAAAAUAUCGGCCAGCAGCGAUAAAUCCUAAAAGUACCAAUUCAGACGCAACUAUCGCCAAAGAAAAGGCAACCAAAGAGUUACUACAAGUAAACUCGCAAUAUAAACAGACCAGAACUCUUCUUUCGGACACCGAAAGGCUAUGUCUACCACCAGAUUUGUCCAUAUUUAGAUCCUUAAAAACUGGAAUACUAAAGGAAAACGAGUCCCUUAGUGACCUUCUUGAAGUACCUUCUAGCUUCCUUCAGAGCGCAACGAGCAUUUUUGCUGAUAUCAUAGCGGAGUCUAUUGACAAAGGUCAAAGACUCCCAAUUGAUGAAAUACUGCAAGGUAACAUAUGCCAUCAAAUUUUGUAG